CAAAGCAAUCAGAUUGGAUUUAUACAGGAGACCUGCAGAUAUUUGGGUCAGAUAACUCCUGCUGUCCGGUCAUUUUUGGUCAUCAUUCUAAUUACUGAUCUUUUCAGGUCAUAUAAAACCUUCCACACGACUUCUCCAACCGUCUGAUGACUUCUACAAUAUUUCUUUCACAGCUUGUGAAUCCGGGUGAAGAUCUGAACAAUAUUAAUCCUACAGAGACAUAUGUGAGGGGCAAUGAGCAGAGUACAGAGGACAUUCCUACAGAUAACUGCCCGGAUGACUGUACCAGGAACUUAGAGAAACAUCUGGUAUCUUCAGAUUUUGAAGUAGAUGAUUGUGGUAUCACACGAGAUACAUUUGAAGAGCAUGCCAAUAUACAACCCUCAUCCAAUCACAGCAACAAUGCAUCACUUGAUUCUUUUAAACAGGUCCGAUCUUCUGAUUCAUCACAUACUGUAAGACAGAAUAAAAGUCACAGAGGAGGUGCUAAACAUCAAACAGCUUACGUAAAAGAGAAUCCAUUUUCAUGUUCAGAAUGUGGAAAAUGUUUUAGAUUUAAAUCUCAGAUUGUUACACAUGAGAGAAUUCACACAGGGGAGAAGCCAUAUUCAUGUUCAGAAUGUGGGAAAUGUUUUCACUGUAAUUCAUCUCUUCUUAUACAUCAGAGAAUUCACACAGGAGAGAAGCCAUUUUCAUGUUCAGAAUGUGGAAAAUGUUUUAACCAGAAAUCAGCUCUUGUUAUACAUCAGAGAAUUCACACAGGGGAGAAGCCAUUUUCAUGUUCAGAAUGUGGGAAAUGUUUUAACCGUAAAUCAUAUCUUGUUAUACAUCAGAGAAUUCACACAGAAGAAAAGCCAUUUUCAUGUUCAGAAUGUGGGAAAUGUUUUAAGAUGAAAUCAGAAUUUGUUAUACAUCAGAGAAAUCACACAGGGGAGAAGCCAUUUUCAUGUUCAGAAUGUGGUAAAUGUUUUAAUAGUAAAUCAGGUCUUGAUAGACAUCAGAGAAAUCACACAGGAGAGAAGCCAUUUUCAUGUUCAGAAUGUGGGAAAUGUUUUAAUCGUAAAUCGGAUCUUGUUAUACAUCAGAGAAUUCACACAGGAGAGAAGCCAUUUUCAUGUUCAGAAUGUGGGAAAUGUUUUAAGAGUAAAUCAGAAUUUGUUAUACAUGAGAGAAUUCACACAGGAGAGAAGCCAUUUUCAUGUUCAGAAUGUGGAAAAUGUUUUAACCAGAAAUCUGAUUUUGUUAUACAUCAGAGAAUUCACACAGGGGAGAAGCCAUUUUCAUGUUCAGAAUGUGGGAAAUGUUUUAACCGUAAAUCAACUCUUGACACACAUCAGAAAAUUCACACAGGGGAGAAGCCAUUUUCAUGUUCAGAAUGUGAUAUGUGUUUCAACCAUAAAUCAUACCUUGUUAAACAUAAAAGAAAACACGUAAAAGAGAAUCCAUUUUCAUGUUCAGAAUGUGGAAAAUGUUUUACAUUUAAAUAUCAGAUUGUUACACAUGAGAGAAUUCACACAGGGGAGAAGCCAUAUUCAUGUUCAGAAUGUGGGAAACGUUUUCGCCGUAAUUCAUCUCUUCUUAUACAUCAGAGAAUUCACACAGGAGAGAAGCCGUUUUCAUGUUCAGAAUGCGGGAAAUGUUUUAAGAGUAAAUCAGAAUUGGUUAUACAUCAGAGUAUUCACACAGGGGAGAAUCCAUUUUCAUGCUCAGAAUGUGGUAAAUGUUUUAGAUUUAAAUCUCAGAUUGUUACACAUGAGAGAAUGCACACAGGGGAGAAGCCAUAUUCAUGUUCAGAAUGUGGGAAAUGUUUUUACCGUAAUUCAUGUCUUCUUAUACAUCAGAGAAUUCACACAGGAGAGAAGCCAUUUUCAUGUUCAGAAUGUGGGAAAUGUUUUAAGAGUAAAUCAGAAUUUGUUUUACAUCAGAGAAUUCACACAGGGGAGAAGCCAUUUUCAUGUUCAGAAUGUGGGAAAUGUUUUAAGAGUAAAUCAGAAUUUGUUUUACAUCAGAGAAAUCACACAGGAGAGAAGCCAUUUUCAUGUUCAGAAUGUGGAAAAUGUUUUAACCAGAAAUCAGCUCUUGUUAUACAUGAGAGAAUUCACACAGGAGAGAAGCCAUUUUCAUGUUCAGAAUGUGGGAAAUGUUUUAAGAGUAAAUCAGAAUUUGUUUUACAUCAGAGAAUUCACACAGGGGAGAAGCCAUUUUCAUGUUCAGAAUGUGGGAAAUGUUUUAAGAGUAAAUCAGAAUCUGUUUUACAUCAGAGAAAUCACACAGGAGAGAAGCCAUUUUCAUGUUCAGAAUGUGGAAAAUGUUUUAACCAGAAAUCAGCUCUUGUUAUACAUGAGAGAAUUCACACAGGAGAGAAGCCAUUUUCAUGUUCAGAAUGUGGAAAAUGUUUUAACCAGAAAUCAGAAUUUGUUAUACAUGAGAGAAUUCACACAGGAGAGAAGCCAUUUUCAUGUUCAGAAUGUGGAAAAUGUUUUAACCAGAAAUCAGAAUUUGUUAUACAUCUGAGAAUUCACACAGGGGAGAAUCCAUUUUUAUGUUCAGAAUGUGGGAAAUCUUUUAACCGUAAAUCAACUCUUGAUAAACAUGAGAAAAUUCACACAGGGGAGAAGCCAUUUUCAUGUUCAGAAUGUGGAAAAUGUUUUAACCAGAAAUCAGCUCUUGUUAUACAUCAGAGAAUUCACACAGGGAAGAAGCCAUUUUCAUGUUCAGAAUGUGGGAAAUGUUUUAACAGUAAAUUUGCUCUUGAUACACAUCAGAGAAUUCACACAGGGGAGAAGCCAUUUUCAUGUUUAGAAUGUGGGAAAUGUUUUAAGAGUAAAUCAGAAUGUGUUAUACAUCAGAGAAAUCACACAGGAGAGAAGCCAUUUUCAUGUUCAGAAUGUGGGAAAUGUUUUGAUCGUAAAUUGGAUCUUGUUAUACAUCAGAGAAUUCACACAGGAGAGAAGCCAUUUUCAUGUUCAGAAUGUGGGAAAUGUUUUAACCAAAAAUCAGCUUUUGUUAUACAUCAGAGAAUUCACACAGGAGAGAAGCCAUUUUCAUGUUCAGAAUGUGGGAAAUGUUUCUACAGGAAAUCAGCUCUUAUUAGACAUCAGAGAGUUCACACCGGGGAGAGGCCAUUUUUAUGCUCAGAAUGUGGGAAAUGUUUUAACAAUAAUUCAGUUCUUAUUAUACAUCUAAGAACUCACACAGGGGAGAAGCCAUUUUCAUGUUCAGAAUGUGGAAAAUGUUUUAACAAUAAAUCCGAUCUUGUUACACAUCAGAGAACUCACACAGGAGAGAAGCCAUUUUCAUGUUCAGAAUGUGGUGAAUGUUUUAAGCAUAAAUCAGCUCUUAUUAGACAUCAGAGAAUUCACACUGGGGAGAAGCCAUUUUCAUGCUCAGAAUGUGGGAAAUGUUUUAAGCAGAAGUCAGCUCUUGUUAGACAUCAAAGAGUUCACACCGGGGAGAGGCCUUUUUCAUGUUCAGAAUGUGGGAAAUGUUUUAAGCAGAAAUCGGCUCUUAUUAGACAUCAGAGAAUUCACACAGGAGAGAAGCCAUUUUCAUGCUCAGAAUGUGGGAAAUCUUUUAACAAUAAUUCAGUUCUUAAUAUACAUCAGAGAACUCACACCGGGGAGAAGCCAUUUUCAUGUUCAGAAUGUGAGAAAUGUUUUAACAAAAAAUCUGAUCUUGUUGUACAUCAGAGAAUUCACACAGGAGAGAAGCCAUAUCCAUGUUCAGAAUGCGGUGAAUGUUUUAAGGAUAAAUCAGCUCUUAUUAUACAUCAGAGAGUUCACACCGGGGAGAGGCCAUUUUCUUGCUCAGAAUGUCGGAAAUGUUUUAAGCAGACAUCAGCUCUUAUUAGACAUCAGAGAGUUCACACCGGGGAGAGGCCAUUUUCAUGCUCUGAAUGCAGUGAAUGUUUUAAGCAGAAAUCGGAACUUGUUGUACAUCAGAGAGUUCACACCGGGGAGAGGCCGUUUUCAUGCUCCGAAUGUGGGAAAUGUUUUAGACAGAAAUCGGCUCUUGUUUCACAUAAAAAAACUCACAGAGAGAAAAUUCACACAGGAGAGAAGCCAUUUUCAUGUUCAGAAUGUGGGAAAUGUUUUACCAAUAAAUCAGAUCUUGUUGUACAUGAGAGAAUUCACAAAGGGGAGAAGCCAUUUUCAUGUUCAGAAUGUGGUAAAUUUUUCAACCAUAAAUCACAUCUUGUUAUACAUCAGAGAAAUCACACAGGAGAGAAGCCAUUUUCAUGUUCAGAUUGUGGUAAAUGUUUUCACCAAAAAUCAGAUCUUGUUAUACAUCAGAGAAUUCACACAGGGGAGAACCCAUUUUCAUGUUCAGAAUGUGGGAAAUGUUUUAACCAUAAGUCAGGUCUUGUUAUACAUCAGAGAAUUCACACAGGGGAGAAGCCAUUUUCAUGUUCAGAAUGUGGGAAAUGUUUUAACCGUAAUUCUCAUCUUGUUAUACAUCAGAGAAUUCACACAGGAGAGAAGCCAUUUUCAUGUUCAGAAUGUGGGAAAUGUUUUAACAAUAAAUCAGAUCUUGUUGUACAUGAGAGAAUUCACAAAGGGGAGAAGCCAUUUUCAUGUUCAGAAUGUGGUAAAUGUUUCAACCAUAAAUCACAUCUUGUUAUACAUCAGAGAAAUCACACAGAAGAGAAGCCAUUUUCAUGUUCAGAUUGUGGUAAAUGUUUUCACCAAAAAUCUGAUCUUGUUAUACAUCAGAGAAUUCACACAGGGGAGAACCCAUUUUCAUGUUCAGACUGUGGGAAAAGUUUUAACCGUAAAUCAGAUCUUGUUAAACAUCAAAAAACCCACAGAGGGCAGCCAUUUUCAUGUUCAGAAUGUGGGAAAUGUUUUAAACGUAAAUCACAUCUUGUUAUACAUCAAAGAAUUCACACAGGAGAGAAGCCAUUUUCUUGUUUAGAAUGUGGAAAAUGUUUUACCAAUAAAUCAGAUCUUGUUGUACAUGAGAGAAUUCACAAAGGGGAGAAGCGAUUUUCAUGUUCAGAAUGUGGUAAAUGUUUCAACCAUAAAUCACAUCUUGUUAUACAUCAGAGAAAUCACACAGGAGAGAAGCCAUUUUCAUGUUCAGAUUGUGGUGAAUGUUUUCACAAAAAAUCAGAUCUUGUUAUACACCAGAGAAUCCAUACAGGGGAGAACCCAUUUUCAUGUUCAGAAUGUGGGAAAUGUUUUUACCAUAAGUCAGGUCUUGUUACACAUCAGAGAAUUCACACAGGGGAGAAGCCAUUUUCAUGUUCAGAAUGUGGGAAAUGUUUUAACCGUAAUUCUCAUCUUGUUAUACAUCAGAGAAUUCACACAGGAGAGAAGCCAUUUUCUUGUUCAGAAUGUGGAAAAUGUUUCACCAAUAAAUCAGAUCUUGUUGUACAUGAGAGAAUUCACAAAGGGGAGAAGCCAUUUUCAUGUUCAGAAUGUGGUAAAUGUUUCAACCAUAAAUCACAUCUUGUUAUACAUCAGAGAAAUCACACAGGAGAGAAGCCAUUUUCAUGUUCAGAUUGUGGUAAAUGUUUUCACAAAAAAUCAGAUCUUGUUAUACAUCAGAGAAUUCACACAGGGGAGAACCCAUUUUCAUGUUCAGAAUGUGGGAAAUGUUUUAACCAUAAGUCACGUCUUGUUAUACAUCAGAGAAUUCACACAGGGGAGAACCCAUUUUCAUGUUCAGAAUGUGGGAAAUGUUUUAACCGUAAAUCAGAUCUUAACAUACAUUGCCGGUCUCACGUAAAAGAGAAGCCAUUUUCAUGUUCAGAAUGUGGGAAAUGUUUUAAACGUAAAUCAGAUCUUGUUAUACAUCAGAGAAUUCACACAGGAGAGAAGCCAUUUUCAUGCUCAGAAUGUGGGAAAUGUUUUAACCAUAAAUCUCAUCUUGUUAUACAUGAGAGAAGUCACACAGGAGAGAAGCCAUUUUCUUGUUUAGAAUGUGGGAAAUGUUUUCACAAUAAAUCAUAUAUUGUUACACAUCAGAGAAUUCACACAGGAGAGAAGCCAUUUUCAUGUUCAGAAUGUGGGAAAUGUUUUAACCGUAAAUCACAUCUUGUUACACAUCAGAAAAUUCACACAGGAGAGAAGCCAUUUUUAUGUUCAGAAUGUGGGAAAUGUUUUAAAAGUAAAUCAGAUCUUGUUAUACAUCAGAGAAUUCACACAGGGGAGAAGCCAUUUUUAUGUUCAGAAUGUGGAAAAUGUUUUAACCAUAAAUCAGCUAUUGUUAAACAUCAAAAAACCCACAUAGAGGAGAGGGCUUUUUCAUGUUCAGAAUGUAGUAAAUGUUUUAAGCAUAAAUCACAUCUUGUUAUACAUCAGAGAAAUCACACAGGAGAGAAUCCAUUUUCAUGUUCAGAAUGUGGUAAAUGUUUUAACAAUAAUUCACAUCUUGUUGUACAUCAGAGAAUUCACACAGGAGAGAAGCCAUUUUCAUGUUCAGAAUGUGGGAAAUGUUUUAAGCAUAAAUCAACUCUUAUUAGACAUCAGAACGUUCACACCGGGGAAACAACAUAUUCAUGUUCAGAAUGUGGGAAAUGUUUUAAGCAGAAAUCAGAACUUGUUAUACAUCAGAGAACUCACAAAGGGAAGAAGCCAUUUUCAUGUUCAGAAUGUGGGAAAUGUUUUCAGGAUAAAACAGCUCUUAUUAGACAUCAGAGAGUUCACACAGGGGAGAAGCCAUUUUCAUGCUCAGAAUGUGGAAAAUGUUUUAAUCAGAAAUCAGUUCUUGAUAGACAUCAGAGAAUUCACACAGGGGAGAAGCCAUUUUCAUGUUCAGAAUGUGGGAAAUGUUUUAAUCAGAAAUCAGUUCUUGUUACACAUCAGAGAAGUCACACAGGAGAGAAGCCAUUUUCAUGCUUAGAAUGUGGUGAAUGUUUUAAGCGUAAAUCACAUCUUGUUACACAUCAGAUAAUUCACACAGGAGUAAAGCCAUUUUCAUGCUCAGAAUGUGGGAAAUGUUUUCACAAUAAAUCAGAACUUGUUAUACAUCAGAGAAAUCACACAGGAGAGAAGCCAUAUCCAUGUUCAGAAUGCAGUGAAUGUUUCAACCAGAAAUCAGAUCUUGUUGUACAUCAGAGAGUUCACACAGGGGAGAAGCCAUUUUCAUGUUCAGAAUGUGGGAAAUGUUUUAACCGUAAAUCAAAUCUUAAUACACAUCAGAGAAUUCACACAGGGGAGAAGCCAUUUUCAUGUCCAGAAUGUGGGAAAUUUUUUAAGCAUAAAUCAGCUCUUGUUGUACAUCAGAGAAAUCACACAGGAGAGAAGCCAUUUUCAUGUUCAGAAUGUGGGAAAUGUUUUAACAGGAAAUCAGGUCUUGUUAUACAUCAGAUAAAUCACACAGGAGAGAAGCCAUUUCCAUGUUCAGAAUGUGGGAAAUGUUUUAAGAUGAAAUCAGAACUUGUUGUACAUGAGAGAAUUCACACAGGGGAGAAGGCAUUUUCAUGUUCAGAAUGUGGGAAAUGUUUUAACCGUAAAUCAAAUCUUGAUACACAUCAGAAAAUUCACACAGUAGAGAAGCCAUUUUCAUGUUCAGAAUGUGGUAAAUGUUUUAGAUUUAAAUCAGAUCUUGUUAAACAUGAGAGAAUUCACACAGGGGAGAAGCCAUUUUCAUGUUCAGAAUGUGGGAAAUGUUUUAAGCAGAUAUCAGCUCUUCUUAUACAUCUGAGAAUUCACACAGGGGAGAAUCCGUUUUCAUGUUUAGAAUGUGGUAAAUGUUUUAAGAUGAAAUCAGCUCUUGUUAUACAUCAGAGAAUUCACACAGGGGAGAAGCCAUUUUUAUGUUCAAAAUGUGAUAUCCGUUUCAACCAUAAAUCAUCUCUUGUUAAACAUCAAAAAACCCACAUAAGAGAGAAGCAAUUUUCAUGUUCAGAAUGUGGGAAAUGUUUUAACUAUAAAUCACAUCUUGUUGGACAUCAGAGAAUUCACACAGGAGAGAAGCCAUUUUUAUGUUCAGAAUGUGGGAAAUGUUUUAACCAUAAAUCACAUCUUGUUACACAUCAGAUAAUUCACACAGGAGAGAAGCCAUUUUUAUGUUCAGAAUGUGGGAAAUGUUUUAACCGUAAAUCACAUCUUGUUACACAUCAGAAAAUUCACACAGGAGAGAAGCCAUUUUUUUGUUCAGAAUGUGGGAAAUGUUUUAAGAGUAAAUCAGAUCUGGUUAUACAUCAGAGAAUUCACACAGGGGAGAAGCCAUUUUCAUGUUCAGAAUGUGGAAAAUGUUUUAGCCAUAAAUCAGCUUUUGUUAAACAUCAGAGAAUUCACACAGGAGAGAAUCCAUUUUCAUGUUCAGAAUGUGGGAAAUGUUUUCACAAUAAAUCAGAUCUUGUUAAACAUAAAAAAAACCACAUAUAAGAGAAGCCAUCUACAUGCUUAGCCCAUUUGUGACCUCCUUUAUGUGUUUUUAUGGUGGUCACUAACUGGCUUUAUUCCCUCAGAUACUUAUUUUUACAUGGAGAUAAAACAGCACCUUGCUUUCAGUUACCAGAGGUAGCUGAGGGCUGGGAGCGAUGAUUGGGACCGAUGUGAGAGUUCCCCAAACAAACAUAGUCUCCUAUAUUAAAUGAAUAUUGGUAAUCAAAGGACAGAUCCAGUUAAAAGUGAAACUAAGUUUUUAUAUAUAUAUAUAUAUAUAUUUAUCCUCUAAACAAAUGUUUGCUGAGAGAAAAAAAAAACAGUAUUCCACCCUGCCUGUGAUCGGCAUGGGAACCCUCCAUUCCUGUAAAACUGCAAGUACAGGGGCCUAUAUGUGAAAGUCCAAAAAAUAGAGCUGGAUUCCCACAGGAGCUGGUGUCCAGACAUGUGGAAAAAGGGGCGUCAUUCACACUUGUAAAUGACCAGUCAUUUGCAGUCAAGUGGAAUGACUGAUAGGAUGUAACAUAGUUUAUAAGGCUGUUCAGCCUGUUAUCCUGCAAGUUGAUCCAGAGGAAGGCAAAAAAAAAAAAAAACAGUGAGGUAGAAGGAGGAAAAGUUUUGUUCCCGACUCCAAUCAGAAUAACUCCCUGAAUAAACGACUCCUCUCUAGUAUCUAUAGCCUGUAAUAUUAUUACACUCCAGAAAUACAUCCA